ACCGUGAUUUGAAACGACAUGUAUUUUGACAUAAAGCCACACUGACUAUUUAUGUAUUAGGAUGUGUGAAAGGAAAAACAAUACUCCUUCUUGUAGUUAUUUUUUUUUUGUAUUAUUAUGAAUUAUUUCCAGUGAAGUUAUACAGAAUAUAAGUUUCUUCUUUUCUUUCCAAGGCUGUGUUUUAUUGUUCCCGUCCCGAGUUGAGGCGUGAACGUGUGGAGCCGCCUUGUCAACAGGAGGACGUGACAUUGCAAUUGAACGCGGAGGCGGAGGCGGAGGCGGAGUGUAGGCGAAGCUGCAGACCCAGCUCUCCAGCGAGCACAAGAGACGCAACGCCGAGCCUGACUCAGCCGAGGUCGUUUCUUUCUGUGAAGUUUGGGUUGCUGGAGAAAGUUUUUUUUUUUUUUUUAAAGCACAUAAGUUAAACUCGACGUUUAAUAGUCUGUAAAGAGUUUAAAUGCUACCGGGAGAGAGCGUGUAAGCAGGAAAUGGACCAGAAGCCAUAUUCGGAAAUAGAAGCUUUGCAGCUUUAGAAGGAAAGAAGAGAAAAGAAAGGACACCCUGACACUGAGUGGCUGUGUUUUACAGAAGAACCAGGGUUUGAUUGAACGGAUUUCAUUAUACACGACUUUUUAAUGUGAAGGGCAACCAAACCGGCAACAAUGGAUGAUCUUUCGCGUCCCAGCGCGGAGAUUCAGAGAAGAAACCCGCAGCAAGAUUUCGAGCUGAUUCAACGAGUUGGGAGCGGCACCUACGGGGACGUGUACAAGGCCAGAAACAUCCAGACUGGGGAGCUGGCAGCAGUCAAGAUGAUCAAACUGGAGCCAGGAGAUGACUUCUCCAUCAUCCAGCAGGAGAUCUUCAUGGUGAAGGAAUGCAAACACAGCAACAUUGUCGCCUACUUUGGCAGCUACCUCUGCCGGGAGAAGCUGUGGAUCUGCAUGGAGUACUGUGGAGGAGGAUCACUGCAGGAUAUCUACCAGGUGACUGGACCUCUUUCUGAACUGCAGAUCGCCUAUGUCAGCAGAGAAACCCUGCAGGGCCUUCAGUAUCUACAUAGCAAGGGCAAAAUGCAUCGAGACAUUAAGGGUGCUAAUAUACUGCUCUCUGACAAUGGGGAUGUGAAGUUAGCUGAUUUCGGAGUUGCAGCCAAAAUAACAGCGACCAUCGCAAAGAGGAAGUCCUUUAUCGGGACUCCGUACUGGAUGGCUCCUGAGGUGGCUGCAGUGGAGAAGAAUGGCGGUUACAACCAGCUGUGUGAUAUCUGGGCCGUGGGCAUCACCUCCAUCGAGCUGGCAGAGCUGCAGCCGCCCAUGUUCGACCUGCACCCCAUGAGAGCCUUAUUUCUAAUGUCAAAAAACAGCUUUCAGCCACCCAAGCUAAAGGACAAAACUAAAUGGUCAAACACAUUCCAUAAUUUUGUGAAAGUAUCACUGACAAAAAAUCCAAAGAAAAGGCCCACUGCUGAGAAGCUGCUCUCGCACAUGUUUGUCGGACAGACUGGGCUCAGUCGCAGGCUGGCUGUGGAGCUGCUGGACAAAAUGAACAACCCAGACCACCCUCCCCAUUACAGCGAGGUGGAUGAUGACGACCUGGAGCCUCUCUCAGCUGUUCGGCACACCAUUCGUUCCACUAACAAGAGCUCCAGAGCAGAAAGGACGCGCUCUGAAAUUAACUUUGACAAGGUGCAGUUUGAGCCUCCGCUACGGAAAGAAACUGAAGCUCAUGCCGAGAUGGACGUGACCAAAGACAACGACUUCUCUUCCCCGUGGAGCCCUUUCUCAGACGGAGGAGUCAGCAGCAAGAGCCUUCUCAAAUGCGUAGAGGAGGAGUUGUUUCAACGGGGCCACGUUGCACAUCUGGAAGACGGGUUUGAAGACAUGGAACUCUCAACCUUGAAACAAGGAAUUCCUCCUCCACUACCUCCAAAGCCUCGGAUGAGCAGCAGCCCGGACGAGGGCGGUCUGGAUGAGGAGAAGUCCCUGACGGUGCGACGCUUCCCUCUGUCUGACAACGGGCACUCCUCGGGCCUGCGCAGGCGGAGCUCCCCCACGCCGGGCAGCCUGCCGGAGCUCGUCUCCGCCGGGAUCCUGUCUGCCAGCGUAAGCAGCCCCGGCCUGCUGUCCCGCGCUGCUGCCGCCGAGCAGGCUGACGUGGAGAGCACCCCCAGCCUGAAUGGUGAUGACUGCAUGCAGCCCCCUGUCCUUCCACAGAGGAAGGAGAAGAAGGAGUUCCCGAAACCAGCCAUCAACGGCCUUCCACCUACACCAAAAGUUCUUAUGGGCGCAUGUUUUUCGAAGGUGUUUGAUGGCUGCCCAUUGAAGAUUAACUGUGCAACGUCAUGGAUACACCCGGAUACUAAAGACCAGUAUCUAAUCUUCGGUACGGAAGAUGGGAUUUACACCCUGAACUUGAACGAGCUGCACGAAGCCACCAUGGAGCAGCUGUUCCCUAGAAGAUGUACCUGGCUGUAUAUCAUCAACAAUAAUUUAAUGUCUUUAUCAGGGAAAUCCUUCCAGUUGUAUUCCCACAACCUCAUCGGCCUGUUUGACCAGCUCAAGAAGCCCGGUCUGGCAGCACAGUUUCAGACACACCGAUUCCCUGAUAAGAUACUCCCCAGGAGGUUUGCCUUAACAACAAAGAUCCCUGACACCAAGGGCUGCCACAAGUGCUGCAUCGUGAGGAACCCGUACACAGGGCACAAGUACCUGUGUGGAGCGCUGCAGUCUGGCAUCGUCCUGCUCCAGUGGUAUGAGCCCAUGCAGAAAUUCAUGCUGAUCAAGCACUUUGACUUCCCCCUACCCAACCCGCUCAAGGUGUUUGAGAUGCUGGUGGUGCCGGAGCAGGAGUACCCCAUGGUGUGUGUGGCCAUCAACAAGGGCUCCGAGCCGGGCCAGGAGGUGCGCUUCGAGACCAUCAACCUCAACUCCUCCUCCUCCUGGUUCACAGAGAUCGGCUCGGGAGGAAACCAGGUUGAUGCCAUCCAUGUGACCCAGCUGGAGAGGGACACAGUGCUGGUCUGCCUGGACAAGAAUUUAAAAAUUGUCAAUCUCCAGGGAAAACUGAAGUCCAGUAAAAAGCUCGCGUCCGAACUGAGCUUUGAUUUCUGCAUCGGAUCUGUUGUGUGCCUUCAGGACAGCGUACUGGCCUUCUGGAAACACGGAAUGCAGGGGAAGAGCUUCAAGUCAAAUGAGGUUACCCAGGAGAUUUCAGAUCAAAGCCGUGUCUUCCGUCUGCUAGGAUCUGACAGGGUUGUUGUAUUGGAGAGCCGCCCCACUGAUCACCCCACGGCACAGAGCAAUCUCUACAUCCUGGCCGGACACGAGAACAGCUACUGAGUGCAGAGCCCUGCCCUGCCAGGAGGCGGAGAGACAUCAAUCUGCUUCCAGCUCGGGAGGGAGUGACGCAGGACAGCGCGCUGCUCGCCGUCCCUACUGCUUUUAUCAUGUCUGUUUGCAGCAGUUGGGAGCAGAUCGCUGUCUGGGGAAGAGAUGGGGCUCUGGGAACAGAUCACUGUCAGAAUCUGUGCAAUAAAGCCAGAUGUGUCGCUGUCUCUGUAGAGAACCUGCUACACAGCAUCAGCCUGAUAUUCCCCUUUGGAUCAGAGCGAGGACUGCAGGGAGACCGAGGGGACAGACGUGACGAAGCUCUCUGUAGCUGGAGACAGCUACUUGUAAAGAAGCAAACCUCUUGCCACUGUGUGGUCAGUCAGAUCUGAUGGCUUCAUGCAAAGCCAUUAAGAUGUAGCAAUCUGAGACAGUUAAUUACAAAAAAGCACAGCAGCAAUGGCAAUAAAAAAUAAUAAAUCUAUAAUAUUACACACACAACACACAGUGUAUAUAUUUAUGUGCAUAUACUUGUUCAGUAAAGUGCCAUUAAGAAUUAUACAUGCUAGUUCCUCUUUGCUCUAGCUUGUAAACUGCUGUUACUUCAGAUAUUGGGUAAUGGGAUAGACGCCUUGUUUCAUGUGAUAUAAUACAAUAUCAUUUUAGUGUUAUUUUAAUGGGGGGGGGGGGGGGCAACGUCAUUCUUUAGCAUACCAGUAUGAAGACUAGUGCAUUCAAAUAGAUCAGACUCCAGAGCGGUUUGUAAAGUGGAAUAUUUAACCCUUAUUUAUGAAUGUGCCAGUAGGAGGGUAUAGCUGUCGUGACUCUAGUUCUCUUAACCAUGGACAGACCCUGCAGUUUAGCAGGGGGCAGGGUAGAAGUUGGAUAUGUUAUGUAAAAUGUUUAACAGAUUUUUUUUUUGGAAAAGCUGUUACUUGUAUUCCAUAUUUGCACCAUGUAAGUAAGCACUUUUGUACAUCUGCCUCAGUUUUAUCAUUUCUUUCUUUUUCUUUUUUUUUUUUUUUU